CUCUCUCUCUUGUUUUCUUUGGUUUUCUCGCUUCAUUCAGAAGAAUCAGACAUUCAUUCAUUUGGUCACACUGGUCAGACAUGCUCUGUUUCUCUCUCUAGCUGGUAAUGUUGGUGGUUGUGAUGGAGAUGUGUUAUUAUGAGAAGUAAUUAUGGAGUAAGAGAACUUAAUUAACUAAUUAUCAGCAGCAGCAGCAACAACAACAACAAGAAGAAGAAGAAGAAGGAGAAGGAGAGAUUGAUUGAGAGAAAAAUGUUCAGGCUCCACAAGAACAGGCCAGCUAAAUCAGGGGAGAGGGUUGAUUUCAAGUUCUCUCACUUUAAGGCCCUCCAGGUUCCUAGAGGAUGGGACAAGCUGUUUGUAUCCAUUGUCUCUGUAGAAACUGGGAAGCCAAUUGCUAAAUCAAGCAAAGCAGUGGUGCGUAAUGGAAACUGUCAAUGGACUGAAACUCUUUCCGAAUCGAUAUGGGUUUCGCAGGAUGAUUCUUCAAAGGAGAUGGAAGAUUAUUUCUUCAAGCUUGUCCUUUCCAUGGGAUCGGCAAGAUCCGGCAUCCUUGGCGAGACUACAGUCAAUAUGUCGGAUUAUAUAAGUUCAACCUCUUCUGUUCCAGUUUCUCUUCCAUUGAAGAAGUGCACUUAUGGGACAGUUUUGCAGGUGAAAAUUAACUGCCUAACACCAAGAAAAAGGCUCAGUGAUGAAGAAUCAAAAGAGACAAGCUGUCAUUUUGAAGAACCAAAUGCAAAUGGUCUUGAUGUCGACAACAAAUCAAAUGGAUCUAAUAGUACAUUUGGGAGGAGCGUCGGAUCUUCCUCCAUGAAAGAUUUUGGCUUGACCUCAAAUCCUGGAGAGCCUGGCAGUAGAGGAAGUAGUUUCUCUGCAUCAGGUUCACAUAACAGCUAUGACUCGGCAGAGGGUUCCAUAAGGAGGGAUAAUACGUCCCCAGGAAGCAACCUUAGUGGUGAAGGGAACCACUUGAUUGGAAGACAAGAUUCAACCAACUCCCCCAUUAGUACAACUCAUGGCAAUUAUCCUGCUGAUGCCCCUUCUCCAUCAAAUCAUUCAUCAUUUAAUUCCAGGAUUAAUCAGUCUCGGAAAGAUUUUACAGAAUCACCUUUGACAACCACUGAUUCUUCUAAAAACCUUUUGGAAGCUGCAGAAUUUACAAUUGAAGAGCUACAUGCGGAAGCUAAGAUGUGGGAGAGGAACGUGCGGAAGCUAAUGCUUGAUUUGGAGAUACUGAGGACAGAAUUCUCUGAUCAGUCAAAAAAGCAGGCAAAUUUGAAUGUGGAGCUUUCGGCAGCAUAUGCAGAACGUGAUGGCUUGAAGAAAGAAGUUGAACACUUACAAUUGUUGUUUGAGAAUUCAGUGGUGAAACAAACAGGUACUGAGGAUUUAACUUCUCUGGAAGGAGGAACGUCCCAGAAUGAGAAGGCAUUGCAGGAUGAACUGAAGUUCCAAAAAGAAUCUGUAGCCAAUUUGGCCCUGCAGUUGGAGAGAAGUCAAGAAUCAAACAUUGAGCUGGUUUCGGUUCUCCAGGAGAUGGAAGAGACAAUUGAAAAACAAAAAAUGGAGUUGGAGAAUCUUUCAGAACUACAGGCAAAAUUUGGUGAUAUGGAGAAUUCUAUCAAAAUAACUAGAGAGGAAAACAGAUAUUUAAAGCUUCAGCUGCAACAAUUGCAGGAAUCAGAGAACAAGUUGCAAGUUGUGGUGCAACAGCUGGAGCAGGCCCUGGAAGAGAAAACCCAUGAGAUAGAGGAUGGAUCGAGUCUGAACAAACAAACUCUUUUGGAUAUCGAGACGGAAUACAAAAGUAAAUUAUUUUUCAAAGAACAAGAAAUUGUUAAAUUGAAAGCAAAGUUAUCUGAGUCUCUCCAAGAAAGGCAUUCUGCAGAAAUGGAUUCCAUCACCAUGAAUGGAGGUGAAGCUGAUCUUAUCAGAGAAAUUGAAGUCUUGAAAGAAAAGGUGGAGGAGCUAGAGAGAGAUUGCAAUGAGCUGACGGAUGAAAACUUGGAACUCUUGUUCAAGCUUAAGGUAGCAAAGAAAAAUUCCACUGGGGGACACGCACCUGUUGAUCUUCCAGCCAGUGAGGUUUCAGUGACUGAAAAUAAAUCACGAAUACAGAAUGCAGAGGAGAAGUUUAAUAAGAAAGUGCUUGGGGAGAUUACAAACAAUAAUGAUCUUUCAGGUCAAGUACUUGAGAGCUUGAAAAUGGAACUAGAAAUUAAAGUCACUGAACUGGGUAAAGAACUGACAGAGAACAGGUGUGAGAUAGCAAAACUUGAGGCUAACUUGCUAACCAAAGAAGAAGAAAUCGGGGUUCUAAGGCAGGUCCAGAAUGAAUUAGAAGCUAAGGUUUCUGAUCUUCAAACAGAAAAAAUAGAGCUAGAGGAACAAAUGGAAAUUGUGUUAAGAGAAAGUGAUAUAAGCUCUAAGUGUUUGAAUGAUUUGCGGAAUGAAUUAACGGUGCUUAGCUGCAGUGUGAAUUCCCAUGUUUCCUCCAACAAGGUGCUUGAAAGGAAAUCCUCAGAGCUGGAAGCUGAUAAAUGUGAACUGGAUCUUCAUGUGUCAGAGCUUGAACAAGAAAACAUACAAUUAUCUGCACAUAUUUCUGCUCUGGAAGCACAACAAAGAUACUUGACAGAUGAAAAGGAGGCCAACCAAUUAGAAUUAGACAAGUCUAAAUCUUAUUGUCUGAGUCUCCAAGAUGAGAUCAGCAGAUUGAAGAUUGAGAUGGAAUCUGAUAAAGUAGAACUGAAGCAGAAACUAAAGCACUUGGAAGGUCAGUGGUCAGAAGCUCGAGAAGAAGGUGAAUAUCUGAAAAGGGCAAACCCAAAGCUACAAGCUACUGCUGAGAGCCUCAUUGAAGAGUGCAAUUCUCUUCAGAAAUCAAAUGAGGAGUUGAAGAAACAAAAGCUGGAGUUGCAAGAGCAGUGUUCCCUCUUGGAAGCAAAGUUGAAUCAAUCGCAUAAGAGCUUUACCAAUUGCUCCAAAAGAGUUGAAGUGCUGGAAAAAGAUCUUUCUUUAAUGCUGGAAAACAUUGCCUCAAAAGAGGAAAGCCUGAAUUCAGAAUUAGAUGCACUUCUUGAUGAAAACAUGACAUAUAGGGAGAAACUUAACUUGGAAGAAAGUUUGUUCAAUGAGAUGUAUUUGGAGAAGGCAACUGAAGUUGAAAGUCUUCAGCAAGAGGUAGAACAACUUACCAAGAAAAUUUCUGCAACUAAAAAAGAAAGAGAACAACUAGCUUCAGAUGCCAUCCAUGAAGCAUCCAGAUUACGAGCUGAGAAGGCAAUGCUUGAAUCUGCUCUCCAAGAGGUUCAAUCAAAAGCAAUACAGACUGAGAAUGAAUUGAAUGUUAUGAGAACAGAAACGGAACCGAAGCUACAAGGCCUGUCCGCUGAGCUUGCUGCUUCUAAACAAAACCAGGAAUCAACAAUGGCUGAUCAUGAAAGACUAUUGAAGUUGUUUGAGAGUUACAAAUCAAGUGAAGCAAAAUUGAAGACCACUGUGAAUGAUCUUGAACUAAAGCUUACAGUUUCUGAUUAUGAACGGCAACAGCUGGUGGAAGAAUCUACCAAUUUAAAGGUUCAACUGCAGAAAUUAACUGAUUGUCAGAAUGAAGUUUUGGCUUUUAAGAAUGGGCUUGAUGCAACCACAUUUGAGAAAGAAAAAUUGGAAGCAUUACUUCAUUCAAUAUCUGAGGAAUGUGAAGAUCUGAAGGCAGAGAAGAGUUCAUUCCAUGAGAAGAUCUCAACAUUGGAGAAGGCCUUAUUUGAAUUGGAGGAUUGCAAACGUAAUAAAGUUCUCUUGGAGGAAAAAAUUCUGCAGAUGGAAGGUAAUCUAAUUGCUAAAGAGGCUUUAUGUGCACAGGAUGCUGAGCUGAAAAAUGAACUCAACCAGAUCAAGAGAGCUAAUGAGCAGUAUCAGCAGAAAAUAAAGCUACUUGAAGAGGAGAGAAGUGAGUGCCUAAGAAGGUCUCAAGCCCUUGAACAAGAACUGAAAUUAACUAGGGAAGAAAGACAGAAACAGAGGGAUUCUAGCAGUCCAAAGAUUUCCAGCCCCUCAAAAAACAGUACUAAAGUAAUUCCUGUUGGUGAAGAUAUGAAGCUCCCAAAAAAUGAAAUGGCGAAGAACAGCAGUCAUCGACGUGAUAAUAGAAGGAAGCCAUUUUUGAAGACUGGUCAGGUACAAGGACUUGCAAAAGAUCAGAAUCAUCCUUAUAGAAACCAGUAUCAAAGAGAGGACGAUAAUGGAAAUGAAAUUCAUGAUGGAAGUCCUCGUGAUGCUGGAGUUGACUAUGGUUUAAAGAUUAAAUUUCUCGAGGAUGAACUUGUUAAGGCAUUGGAAGCAAAUAACACUUAUAAAGUUCAGCUUGAUAGGAUGUUGUCUGAGGCUCGACACAACCAUUCAGAGACUCGUCGAAAUUCGAAAGCUGAAGCUGAAAAAGCCGCAAAAGAAAGAUAUGAACGCUCGAGAUCAUCUCUAGAGACAGAACUGAAAGACAUUCGCGAGCGCUACCUGCACAUGAGCCUCAGAUACGCCGAAGUAGAAGCUCAGCGUGAGGAACUUGUGAUGAAGCUCAAAGCAGCCAAGGGUGGCAAAAGGUGGUUCUCAUGAAUGAUGAUGGUUCCAUUGAUGUCAUGACCUGUUGAAAAUGACUGCACGUCAUAUUAUAUUCUUGAGGAUCUACCAAUCUCAGGUAGCUUUUUAACGCAUCUUUGUACAUCACAUUUUCCCACCUGAAUGAAUAUUCAAAUGAGUGAAUUAGUGUAGAGGAGAAUAUGCCACAGAUUGUUAAUUACAACUACAGAAUUCAAAUAAAAUGAUUAUACUUAGUUAACAUUA